AUGAAGUUGAACUCUGCUAUUGCUGCGGCCCUUCUGGCUACCGGCGUCUACGCCGAUGAUGCCCAGAAGGCUGAGAGCGCUGCCGAGUCCUCCUCAACUGUCCCUGCCGAACUGCCUACCUUCACCCCUACCACUCUAAAGGCGCCUUUCCUAGAGCAGUUCACCGAUGGUUGGGAGUCUCGGUGGAAGCCUUCGCAUGCUAAGAAGGACAUGAAGGGCUCUUCCAAGGAGGAGGAGGAAUGGGCCUACAUCGGCGAGUGGUCCGUUGAGGAGCCGUACAAGUACAAGGGCAUCGAGGGUGACAAGGGCCUUGUGGUCAAGAACCCCGCCGCCCACCACGCCAUCUCUGCCAAGUUCCCCAAGAAGAUUGACCCCAAGGGCAAGAACCUGGUUGUCCAGUAUGAAGUCAAGCUCCAGAAGGGACUCGAGUGUGGUGGUGCAUACCUGAAGCUCCUCCGAGACACCAAGGCUCUCCACCAGGAUGAGUUCAGCAAUACAACUCCUUACGUCAUCAUGUUCGGCCCCGACAAGUGUGGUGCCACCAACAAGGUUCACUUUAUCUUUAACCAUAAGAACCCGAAGACUGGCGAGUAUGAGGAGAAGCACCUGCUUGCGGCCCCCCAGGCCAGCAUCCAGAAGACCACCGAGCUGUACACCUUGAUUGUUCAGACCAACAACACCUUCACUAUCAAGAGGGGUGGCGAGACCGUUCGGGAGGGCAGCCUCUUUGAGCAGUUCUCCCCGGCUGUCAACCCUGAAAAGGAGAUUGAUGACCCCGAUGACAAGAAGCCCGAGGACUGGGUUGACGACGCCCGUAUUCCCGACCCGGAAGCCAAGAAGCCCGAGGACUGGGACGAGGACGCGCCUUUCGAGAUUGUUGACGAGGAGGCCACCAAGCCUGAGGAUUGGCUCGAGGACGAGCCCCUCACCGUUCCCGAUCCCGAAGCUCAGAAGCCCGAGGAUUGGGAUGACGAAGAGGAUGGCGACUGGAUUCCUCCUACCGUCCCUAACCCCAAGUGCGCUGAUGCCUCAGGAUGCGGUCCCUGGUCGAAGCCGACGAAGAAGAACCCCGACUACAAGGGCAAGUGGACCGCACCUUACAUCGACAACCCGGCCUACAAGGGCGCUUGGGCUCCUCGCAAGAUCAAGAACCCCAAGUACUUCGAGGACAAGAACCCCGCCAACUUUGAGCCCAUCGGUGCGAUCGGCUUUGAGAUCUGGACCAUGCAGAAUGACAUCCUCUUCGACAACAUCUACAUUGGCCACUCUAUCGAGGAUGCCGAGAAGCUGGCCCAGGAGACUUUCUUCAAAAAGUCACCGGUUGAAAAGGCUCUCGAGGAAGCCGAGAAGCCGAAGGUGGAGGAUAAGCCCAAGUCUCCCUCGGAUCUCAAGUUCCUCGACGACCCCGUCCUCUACGUCAAGGAGAAGCUCGACCUGUUCCUGACCAUUGCUGCGAAGGAUCCUGUCCAAGCUAUCAAAUUUGUCCCUGAGGUUCCGACUGCCGCUGGUGGCCUACUGGCCCUCGUCAUUGCUCUUGUUGGCAUCUUCACCCUUGGCGGCAGCGCGCCAGCGCCUGCCAAGAAGGCUGCUGCCGACGCCAAAGAGAAGGCCAAGGACACCAAGGAGAAAGCCGCUGAGGCUGUCACUACUGGCACCGACAAUACCAAGUCCGAGGCCACCAAGCGUGCUACCAGGAGCCAAUCGUAA